AUGGAAAAUCCUUUAUUAGAUUCAAAUAUAAUUGAUAAAAAUAACAGAGAUUAUGUUCUCUUCGCUAAGGUUUCAAAAAAUGAUGAAACUCUUAGAACCUUGAUUGAAGAGAUGCAGCUAAAGGUCAAAUUUACUUCAGAUAAUAAAACAUAUUUGAAAUGUUAGACUUGUGAACUUCUAUAUGUUUUAUAAUAUGACAAUUAUUUCCAAAUGUGUAUAUUCUACAAAAAGCACGAAAAAAGUAAAAAAGACAAUAGCUCAAAUAAUUGUUAAUAAUGUUAAUAAUUCAUAAACGGAGAAUGUUUCAAAAAAUGUUACAAAUGCAAUUCCAAAUAAAUAAUAUGUAUUUAAAAUGAGCAAUAAAGAUUAUAAUGUCAAAUUUGUUUUUCUGAAUUAUGCAAAUGUUGUGAUUCAAACUUAGAAAUUUUUUAAUAAUUUCCAGAUACAUGUACAAAGAAGAAUGUAACUAAUUGUUAAAGAUACUUUUAUGUCAUAACAAUGAUAAUAAUAUCAUUCAUCUUUUUGCCAAUAUUCAUGGUCCUAAAUUUUUAGAAAUACAAAUUCUAAUGUUAAUUUUUGUAAUUUCAUUAGUAUAUACUCACAAAAUAUAAACCAGUUAUCAUUUUAUUCUUUUACUAAGUAUUCCUUAUCGUAUACUUAGUAAAAGUGUUUAUGAUAUUAAUAAAUUUUGUAGUAGAUAAAAAUAAAGAUAGAAUACAUAAUUACUUUGGUUGA